AUGAACGAUACCCUCUCCGUCUUAACUUCACAUUUCAUUGGAGUCAUUAUCUCCAGCAUGUUCUAUGGCUUUGCUCUUGCCCAGACCUGGUGGUACUUUCGAACUUAUCCAAAAGACAGAUGGUCUAUGAAGGCCUUGGUAGCCUUUCUGUGGGCAUUAGACACAGCACAACUCGCCCUUGUCGCCGCAUCAAUAUAUCACUAUGCCAUAGUUUGGCAAGGCGACAUCGCAAUGUCAUCGCAUAUAUCUAAAACGUUUGAGGCAUCAAUGGGAAUUACUUCAAUAAUAGCUUUUCUCGUGCAAUUAACAUAUGUUUACCGUAUAUGGAGACUUAGCUUUGGAAACACUCUAGUCACAUUUUUCAUAGUCCUUUUGGCAUUGGUUGCACUAGGAUCAGGUGGAGGUACGCUCAGUUUCUACUCUAUGUCAUCUUACUCGAACUGGUCACAGCAAUGGUUGUCAAAACGUGAGUUUUCUUGGUCCAACACUGGACUAAUUGACACUGGCAUUUCUCCCAGCAUCCACGAUCCUCUGUGGGAUAGCACUCGUGUUAGCAACCUGCCCGCUUCUAGUUUUUACUUGUCUUUGAUGGCAUGCGACUUCCUCAUUGCCGCUACGCAAGUGUACUUGUUUCAUAAGUCCCGGAACGGGAGAGGAAGACUCGGCGGUCUCAUCAGCAGAUUGACUGUGCUGGUUGUCAAUGUGGGCUUGAUAACUACUAUAGAUGUCACGCUAUUUCUCAUACUGGUACGGAUCUCGACGGAAGAGGUUAUCCCACUCACAAUCUCUCCCUUUCAGUUUCUCGUCUGCCCCCGCAAUGGUGCCUUUCUCGUCCCAUACACCCUCAUGAGUCACUGCUAUCUAAAUAGUUUCCUCAGCGUUCUUAACUCUCGUCUUGAGCUGCGGGAACUGGCCGAUAACAACGAGUAUGCUUGUCCCAGCAUCUACACCAUUACUUCAGAGCUGGCAUGA